AUGCCCUCUCCCAUUGUUGGGAAUUGGGCUGCCGACUUUUCCCACAGUCAGAUCACGAGCCUGUACAGUCGCUUCACUAGCCUGGACAAAGGGGAGAACGGGACUCUCAGCCGGGAAGAUUUCCAGAGGAUUCCAGAACUUGCCAUCAACCCACUGGGGGACCGGAUCAUCAAUGCCUUCUUCUCAGAGGGAGAGGAUCAGGUAAACUUCCGAGGAUUCAUGAGAACAUUGGCUCAUUUCCAACCCAUUGAGGAUAACGAAAAGAGCAAAGAUGUGAAUGGCCCGGAACCCCUCAACAGCCGGAGCAACAAGCUGCACUUUGCUUUUAGACUCUAUGAUUUGGAUAAAGAUGACAAGAUCUCCCGUGAUGAGCUGUUACAGGUACUGAGAAUGAUGGUUGGAGUGAAUAUCUCAGAUGAGCAGCUGGGCAGUAUUGCAGACAAGAUCAUCCAGGAGGCUGACCAAGAUGGAGAUAGUGCCACAUCUUUUACAGAAUUCGCUAAGGUUUUGGAGAAAGUGGAUGUAGAACAGAAGAUGAGCAUCCGAUUUCUUCACUAAAGGGCAGAGACCAAAUUAUUCUUGCUUUCCAGUAUUAUGAACUGAAACUUGUGUCCUCCAGCCCCACCUCAUCCUGUCAUCCCCUUUUCCCAGAAUACUACAGCUCUUGCAUGACAACCUGAAGUCUCUCCUGUCCAUACAAACUUGCCUUUGGUGUAUAAACAGGGCGUUACAGAAUGGUACCCUCUGUCUGCUUCUGUUCAGUAUCUACCCACCAGGUCCUUAGUUGUCAGUACCAUCUUCCCCUGUUUGCUGCUGAGUGCCAUGCAUCCAUCCUGUCUGGGGAAAUGAACCAGCCAGCAAAGCUCCCACUGGAUGGGGACCAUAUCCAUGCUGCCUUCCAUCCCCGCAUCGAGCCUCCACCAUGUUUCUGUGACCUUGUGUCCUUUUGUCUUUGUGUCUGUUACUUCCUACCUCUCAAUCAUCCAACCUUCUCUCCAUUCAGUCUUUCAGCUGCCCUCCUGUUGUUGAGAUUCCCUGCAUUUUACUUGGUUUUGGGCUCUGGGCUCUGCUGUUAAGCCUGUUUCUGAUGUGGCAGGAUAGUUAGUGGUCUGGUGAGUUAUAUCUACCUUCUGAUGUGUCUCUGGGACGUUGCCUAUCCAGGAGCUUUUCAGCAAGCAGUACUGCUCUUGGAAACAUGUGACUCCCUUGGUCCCCUGUAUUGCUCUGUUGUCGAAGGGCUUAUGAGCAGACAUGUUCUUAAAAGGUGGUCAUGGUGAGGCUUGUAGAGCCAUGUUUCCUAGGUGGCUUCCUAGGUCUCUCUACCUCUGACUUUUAAUUUUCAAACAUAUUUAUGUGGCUUUUCUGGUUACAGUGUUGACAUUCAUUAGAAAAUAUUCUAAUGCCUGCCACUUUGCUUCUCUUUGGGACAUUGUCACCACCCAAGUGGUUCUUCUGACAAUAUGGUAGAGGGCCUUCUUGUAGUUUUCUGAACAAGGCUAGGCACCCUGGAGAGCUGGCCACAUUUGCUGUACAGCAUGGGUCAUGCCUCAGUGUUCUGUACACUGGAAGAGUCUUCACAUUUCCAAACAGAAAGACUAGUGUUACAGAAGUGCCUGACUUAUCUCAGUCCUAAAGAAUUAGA